UUGUCAUGCGUCUGCUAGUGUUAUUGCUGAUGUCUACUUGUUUGGUGGCAACAGACACCAAGAAAAAAGGCAAACAACCCAAAGACAAGCAGAAACAGAAGCAUCGCCAGUGGUUAAAACAUCCUUUCUACCUCCCCCCAGGGAAGCACUUUAUUGAUGAGAGCAUUCAACCUGGAAAACAGAACCCCAAGAAGCAGGCCCAGCAAAUGAACCACAAGACUGUCGUCAACGGGCCAAAUCCAUUCUAUCAAUAUAGAACUGGUAAAACAGGUUUUAAGAUUCUGUUUUAUGAUCCAAAAGGACAAGCCGACAUUGCGCAGAUUCCAGCCUUCGGGACAAAACCUGCAAAGGCAGGUUCAAAAAUGGGACAAACAGGUUUCAAGAAAUUUCCAAUGUACGAUACCAAAACCGGUCAAGCAGGUUAUGUGCCUAUUCCAAUGUACAGGACAAAAACAGGAAAAACCGGUUUCAAGAACUUUCCAUUGUAUGAUACCAAAGCUGGUCAAGCAGAUUUUGGGCCGAUUGCAAUGUAUGGAAUCAAAUUUGGAAAAAAGAAUUUCCCGAUGUACAGACAAUCUGGUUAUAACCAGAUGCCAAUGUACCAAAUGAUGCCUGGACUAGUGCCAUAUAAUACGCCAUCUGCUGGUAUAGUACCUGUACUGGACAUAGCCGCACAACCAACCCAGUCUAUGUAUUUAAAUUCACCUACAUCUCCGGUUCAAGGAAUAGAUGCACCUUUGCUUGCAGCCAAUCAAAUGAACAUGAUGUACCCUACAGGUUUGACAGGUGAAACAGGUUUGACUGGUGAAACAGGUUUGACUGGUGAAACAGGUUUGACUGGUGCAACAGGUUUGACUGGUGCAACAGGAUUGACUGGUGCAACAGGACUGACCGGUUUUGAAAAUGUUUUUAUGAACCAACAACAAGGUUUUUCUUUGCCUGGUUUUCCAGGAUUACCUCUUGCUUCUCCUGCUUUACAAGCUAGUGAGGCACUGGCCGAGUCUGUAUUGGGCCAGGCGGCCAACGCCCAGGCCAAAUCGAUCAUUAGUGGAAUCAGUAAACAAAAUGACCCAUCUUUUACUGUUAGUGUUGAUGGAGUCGUCAGAUCCGUUGUAAAGAAAGGUGAUUCUGCAGUCAAUCUUGAUGCUGGUGGAGCAAGCAUUUCUCUAUCGAAAAAGAACAAAGUUUUAAAGCAGAUAAAAAAGAAACGACAGUAAAAUCUUUUCCUUUGAGCUUGAGUUUGAGUUUGCAGAUGGGUUGAAGAUACGUCUUGCAGCAAGUUAGACGAGUUGCACCAAAUAACUGAGAAACGAGUUGCUGUAUGCUAGACGAAUUGCUGCAUGUUAGACGAAUUGUUUCAUAUUAGACGAAUUGCUGCAAGUAAGAAACGAGUUGCUGAUCGUAAAUAUUUCUGUUUUGAACGGGUAAAUUUUAUAACGCAUGACGUUUCUGCUUAUCUGAUUACUUUUCAUUUAUUUCCAUCCAACUAAACAAUUAAUAAAUUUCUUUUGUGAGGACUUUUAUUUAGGUAUUAGGUAUAUGAAAAACUAUGGAAUAAACAAAGAGAAAAUUUAAAACAUUUUCUCUUGGUUGAACUGUAAGGCAGGACAAGUCUGAGAAUAUCUAAAGCAUUGAUAACUAAUGUACGGUUAGAGCGCAGCAGCUAAGUAGUGUAAGUGGUGUUUCUAGGAUUUGUUCUUGGUGCAAAAGAACUUGUUUUAAGGACAUCCAGUCAGGAAUAAAUAAGUGAUUUGGGUAUAACGAUAUCCGCAAAAAAUAAA